CUAUUGAGAGGUGGUGGUUUACAAACUGAGAGAGUCACACUUGGAACUUCAAAGCCCAUCUCUCAUGGCUUUCUCUGCAACUUUUUCACAAAGCUCCUUCUCAUACUUAUCAUCAUUCCCACAUACCAGAAAAACAAACCCUCUUCGUCUAUGGUCAAUUAAAGCCGUAAAAUCGACCGAACCAGAGAAUGAGAAGCUUGCAGAGACAAAAUCUGAAGGCUCCUCCAAUGCCCAACCUUCAACCUCUGUUUCUAAGCUUCCAAAAAAACCCGUAUAUUCCAUGAAGAAAGGUCAAAUUGUUAGGGUGGACAAAGAGAAGUAUCUCAAUAGCGUCAAUUAUUUAUCUGUUGGACAUCCUCCUUACUACAAAGGCUUGGAUUACAUAUAUGAAGACCGCGGUGAGGUCUUGGAUAUACGUAUAUUUGACACAGGGGAGUAUGCACUGAUUGCAUGGGUAGGGAUCCCAACUGCACCUGCCUGGCUUCCAACAGAAAUGCUCAUUAAGUCUGAUAGGCUCAAUUAUGAGAGAAUGUAAAUUAUAUGCUCCUCCGGCAGAAUUUUAAGAUCAGAUGAUGGUUAUCGAUAUUGCUUUCCUCGUGCAGUGAUAUUUAGAAGAAGAAAAAAUAAUUGUCUUGAGGAUUCUUUGGUUUGUCAUCAAAUGGCUACUUUUUGUGUUUUUCAGAAAAAUAUAUGCGAUUUUUGUAUAUCUGUCAAAAUAUAACGCGAUUUGUUUGGAGAUGAUGCUAAUAAUGUCUUCUUCUGCA